ACCAAAGGGUGAAUUAGUCUGAAGCUAGAAACAGUUCAGUCUAUAUUUUUUCUUUGCGAAUCAAAAAAAAAACAAAUAAAAAUGAUGAAAGAAGUUAUGUUUCCCGUUGUGCUUGCACUGUGUGUUGCCUACAUCAGCGCAACAGAAGUCAACGUCUGUAAAUCUGGUCUUCCAUUACCAGUCUCAGUUGGAGUGUUGAAUUGUGAUAAGGGACCAUGCGAGUUACCGAAAGGCACUGAAGUAUUCAUGAACCUAACCUUUGAUGCACCGAAUGAUUUGGAGAUUUUCGAGCCGAAAAUCAUCGCACAUGCUCUUGGAAUCGAUGUGGAUUACCCAUUAGCUGAACCAAACGGUUGCAAUCAGUUGGUUGACGAUGAGUGCCCUCUGGAGGAAGGCCAACGUGUUUUAUACGCUACUUCCAUGGAGGUUUUGAGUUUUUAUCCAAAUAUUAACUUCGGAAUUGAGCUGACCCUGUACACCUACAACGAAGAUGGCGACAAGUUCCCAUUCACCUGCUUCCAGAUCGACGGAAAAGUCGUGGGUUGAUUUUGCUUCUGCUCUCCUCCAUUGUCAAAUCUAAAAUGAAUGAAACAUGAGUAUUAUAACGCUAUUUAAAAUAAACAUACAUUAAUUUAUCAA